AAUUUCUCUCCUGGUUGACCAUAUAGAAAAAAAUAAAUAAAUUAGAUGAAGAUGAAGGUCCGAAAGUUCGAAAUGUUUCGUAACCCUCUGUGACGUAGAUCUUUCGAGGCGGAACCCGAGAUCCGUGAGAUCCCGAUGUUACUAGUAAUAAUAAAUUGUAAUAUUUUCUAUGGUUUCUAGAACAAAAAUUCUUGUUGUAAACGAAGUCCAACAGGAAGCGGGUUGCUUCCACAUGUUCUAAAAAAAGGUUCGAUGUAUCUGACGUCAACGCGUUUUUCUUUCUUGAAAUUCCCGCAAUUUGAUGUUUCGGUUGGGCUGCGAGCGAGGCUAGCACAGUCUUCUGUUUAUUUACAAUUUUGCAGAGGACACGAGUUGUGCUUAGGUUAAAGUUGUGCUUAAAACGUCCAAAAUAAACUCUUUUUAUGGUGAAAGGACUUAAUGAUGCAGAUGCAAAGGUUCUCUAGUCUGUGCAAAAUCUAUGCGCUAAGAAGAGGACCUCUCUCUCCAGCUUUAGGCUUAAAAUGUCAUAACUUAACAGUCUUUGUACAGCAGCAGAGUCUUUGGACACAAUCUCAGGUUAGACUCAACUCAUACAAACCUAAAGUUCAGGAUACCAAGUCAAGGAAUUCAACAAAAGUCAGAAAAGUAAAUUUAAGUAAUAAGCUUAGACAAGAAUUUAGCAAGUACAAAAAACAGACCCCAAUUAUAUCAUGCAAACGUAUGGAAUUCAAUUUUUACGAAGGUAUGAGAUAUAGCAAGUUUGAGGCAGUUCCACUUGCUUCUAAGGGAUGGCUGAAAAGAGGAUCCAAUGGCGACUUUUUUACUCUUUACGAGAAUUAUAUGAAGCCAGAUGACUUACAUUUUGGUUAUGCUCCUCUUCCUAUGUCUACUUACUCCCCAACAGAUUCUUCCAUCAAAGAGGACAAUAAUUUUCAAGGGUUUAGAUCUCUUGGCAUUGCCGAACAUUUUAGAGAAUCCCUGACAAAAAUGUGUAUUACUAGACCUGCUGACAUUCAGAUUGCAGCAAUCCCACACAUACUUGAUGGUAAAAACUGUGUGGUAUCUGCUCACACAGGUUGUGGCAAAACUCUUGCAUACAUUCUCCCAAUCAUCCAACAGGUUCUAGAAAGUAAUGAGAGAGAAGAAAAACCAUAUUUUGGAAGCCCAAAAGUAUUAAUUGUCUCUCCUAGCCGAGAACUGUCAUACCAAAUUUUUGAUGUUGUUCAGAAACUAAUACAGGAUCAUCCACUUAAAGCCAAAUUAGUCAUCGGAGGAUAUGAGGACAAACUAUCAAAAAAUGAUAUUCCAGAGGUUAUUGAUAUUGUUGUUGGAAGUUUAGGAACAUUAAAGAAAACAUUUGGAAGUGGUGCUCUCAGCAAACAAAGACUGAAACAUGUUGUCUUAGAUGAAGCAGAUCAAUUGGUUGAUGAUCAAAAUAGGCGCUAUGUGAGGGAUCUUCUGAAGAAUGUUAAUAUUAAAGAUAAUUUAGAUGAGGGUGAUAAUAGUGAUAAUUAUCUCAGCGCUCAAAUAGUUCUUGUUAGUGCCACUAUCCCACUCAAUUUGGACCUCCUUUUUGAAGGCCUUGUUGAUUGCAAUGCACUUGAAAGAAUUAGCACCACACAUCUACAUGAUGUUUUAAAAAGCUCUCCUCAGCUAUUUUUGAAAGUUGGAAUGACUCAUAAAGCCAAGGCUUUAUUCGACAUAAUCCAGAAAGAUCAUAAAUUAAAACGCCCUGUUCUAAUAUUCAGUAACACCGCAAAAACAGCAGAAUGGGUGGGUCACAUGCUUAAUGAACAACGAUAUCCUUGCAAGACUCUGACAGGCCAGGUACCAACUGAAAUAAGACAGCACUUAUUUCAAAGAUUUCAACAAGGAGAGUUCAACAUCCUUUCUACUACUCCUAUGGUUGCAAGGGGGCUGGACACAAUUAGAGUACAGCAUGUAAUCAAUUUUGACUUUCCACUGUAUGUAUCCGAAUACAUCCACCAAAUUGGUAGGGUUGGGAGAAUAGGCCAAAAAGUCUGUCAUAUAACAAACAUAGUAGCUUUCAAAAGGGAAGUGGAACUUGUUCAAAGAAUUGAGUUGUCUGUCCGAUUGUAUGAAAAAUUACAUGCUGUCAAUGCAAAUAUUCCUGGAAUAUUGAGCCAUCGCCAUGAGAAGUUACGUGAGGGUUCUGGAUAAACCAUCUAAGUAUUCUGAAUUAGUUUCCCUUUCAACCUCAACAAAUAUUUUGUCAAUGAAACAUAUUUAAUGCCAAAGUGACAUAAUUGCAGCACUGUAAUCAUUAAUUAAAGAAAUAUUAACUUGA